UCUCUAUCUCGGUUUCGCUUACAACAACCAACCCUUCUUCUUCUUCUCUGCUACUCCUCUGAAUCCAAAGAGACAUCAAAGAAUCAUCUUUUUCAAGCUUCUCUUCUCUCUAUUUCCAUUCAAUCGCCAAGAGAGAAGCUCAAAGCUGCUAUCUUUGCACCCCUUCUUCUCCAUCUCCCAAGCCACAAAGAUCCCCCUAUCCCUUGGGGAGGAUGUCCAACCUCCCCUCUUCUAUCUCUAACGUCUCCCUCUUCAUCUCCUUCCUCACUCUGUCCAUUGCCGACCUCUGGCCCUUUUCCUAAGCUCCAGCAAACCCUUUUCCUUUUCCUCUCCAUCACAACAUCUCCUUUUUCUAGGUUUAUAGCUCUAAUUCCACCGAUUCGUCAAGGAUCGAUGAAAACAAAAAGAGGGUUUCGUCUUGGCCGUCGCCUGAUCAGAGUAUGGAGAUGCGUACUCCUCCGCCGCCCAAAUCGAUACCAACGCCUCGACUCCACGACCCCCAAACCCUCAAAACCGCGUCUCUUCGACUGGGCUCGCCGGUUCUUUGCCUGCAGCGGUGGCGGCGGCGGAGGAGGAAGAACAGAUUACCGGCGGAUAGAGACGUCCUGCACCGGCGAAAAACCACCGCCGAGAGGGCAUUUGGCGGUGUACGUGGGUAGUGGAGUGAAAGGCGGCGGGCAAAGAGGACAAGAAGAAGAUGGAUCAGGAUCGAAGCGGUACGUUGUGCCGGUGAUAUACUUUAACCAUCCAUUGUUUGGGGAGUUGUUAAGAGAAGCGGAGGAGGAGUUUGGUUAUGAGCACCCGGGUGGGAUCACGAUACCGUGUCCCGUAGCCACCUUCGAGAGGGUACGUACCCGUAUCAUUGCUGAGUCCACCAAACCUCAACUCUUCCACUGAUUUUCAUCUUUGUUUGUUUAAUAUGUAUAUUAUAUAUAUAUAUAUAUAUAUAUAUGAUUAGUUUAUAGUGAGAAAUUGGAACCAAUCUU